CGUUUGAGAUACACAAACUGAUUGAGAUAUUUUGGAUCUAACAAGCUAAAGAGAAGCGAAGAUUUUUGUUGUCAUUUUAUAAAUGGCGCCACGCAAUGAAACGUUUAGAGUAGAAGAGGCCCAGACAUGCGCACUGACACUGCUGACACCUGCUGGAGACAUUCCGUGUACCUUUCCUGAGGGAAGAGAGGUGCUUUGACACAAUGACAGUGUGACCCGUGAGUGACCGCAGCAGCUCAGUGAGUUCAGAUCAUUCAGCAGCAGCAGCAACAACUCUGAAAUCUCUCCUCGUCCAUUAGACUCUCAUUACAUACAGAAAUACUGAGGCUUUUUUCUCUGGAAUCAAACGGAUAUCCGAUGGAGGGUUGAAAUCAUUCAUCUGAUGAUGAAAUCUGCUAAUAAAGCAGCUGUCACUUCAGCAGUAUUAAAGUCUAUGUUUGAAGGAUGAUUCACGCAAAUGGACAAAGAUUUAAAAUAGCGGAUUAUUUUUCCCUCAGAAUGUGCAGAAUUAUGCUUUGGGAUGAUGGAUAAUCAACAUAGAAGAACUGUUAAUAUGGCCUCCAGCGAACCUCAUACUUAUCAAUCUAAUGAGGAACCCCAGCCUGGUGACCUCAUCGAGAUCUUCAGACCAGCCUAUCAGCACUGGGCUCUUUACCUGGGAGAUGGAUACAUCAUCAACCUCACUCCUGUCGAUGAGGGUCAAGCAGCCGCCAUGUCCAGCGUGAAGUCUGUGUUCAGCCGGAAGGCCGUGGUGCGCAUGCAGCUCUUAAAGGAGGUUGUGGGGGCAGAUUCAUUCAGGAUCAACAAUAAAUAUGAUGAUAAUCACACGCCCCUGCCCGUCUCUGAGAUCAUUCAGCGGGCUCAGCUCCUCAUUGGACAGGAGGUGUCAUAUGACCUGCUGGGCAGCAACUGUGAACACUUUGUCACUCUUCUUCGCUAUGGGGAGGGAGUGUCUGAACAGGCGUCACGGGCGAUAGGUGCCAUCAGUUUGGUGACUGCUGCAGCAAGUGCUUUCUCAGUGCUGGGACUCAUCAACACACGCUCCAGAAACAGACCGUUCUAGAUCUGCUGAAGCUCAGACCACAUGAGACAUUAUAUACAUGGAGUGAUCUGAAUUAUUAUAUCUGCUGACCUUUUCAUUUGAAUGGAAAGACUGUAGGCCAUCUGACAAAACAGCUGUCAAAAGUUAAAUGUCCUUGAUAUACUCAGCUUUUUAGGUUGAAAACAAGUUGUGUGACAAUGCAAUGAACCUUUGCUGUGACAACUUGAUAUGGUAUUCAUAGAAAUGAAAUAAAAAUUGUAAUAAACUAG